CAAAAAUGAGUUGCUGGCUCUCAGUAAAUGAGACAUCGUGGGGAACUUUUAUUUUGAAGUUGUGUUACACAUGGGCUUUUCACACGGAUCGUGCAAUCCGGGAUCCUUGGAAGGUCCCUACCUUAAAACACAGAUAUAACAAACAUCUUUGCUAAAAACCUAACCUUAAUCCCUAAUCCUUACCUCAUUUUCAAAUUCAAUGGUGUAGGGACGUCCCAACCAGCCUAAAUAGUACUUUCCUUACCCAAGUUGUCAUGGUGACGACGUGUGUUUGAGGAAGGGGACACGGACUUGCGGCAAGAGCAUCAGGCUACACCACAAACAUACCAACAACAACGUCCAGAUAUUAAGAUUGUUCAUCAAAAUAAUACUCGCUAGCUAACCUAAAGCUCAGAAUGGAUGACUCUCCUGAGGUUAUAAACUUCUCAGCGCUGGAGCGGGAGUUGCAGUCUGCUGUUGAAGCAGACAAGAAAUAUCAAAGAGAAAAUGAUGCAAAGUUUCGUGCUCUACACCAGAAGGUCGGAACUUAUGAGGAGUUUAGGGACAUAGUCCUGGCAUCCAACCUGAAACCACUGGACAGGAAGGAUAAAGCUGGAACUCCUCGCAAACAGCCCUGGAAUGCUCUCGCCUCCACUGACAAAGGGCAGAACCAGACUAGCUGUGAUGAAAUAGGCCUGAAGCCUCAGUUGUCAGAGUUCCAGCCCAGGACAGCAUCAGAGUUCAGCCGGGACUGGCGCAGGUUCGGCAGUGAAAACCCAGAGGAUAAAUACAGCCUCCUGCUCUCCCUAGGUGGAGAGGGCCUUCGGGACAUCUUCAGGGCUGAGGUGGGGUUCGGACUACUGGGGGAAUUUCUUGUGUUCCUUUCCAGUGGGCUCCAGCCUGGGGACGAGGCCACGGUGAUAGGGGUCCUGGAAGGGCUGUCCAAGACCCCCAGGUUUGGCCUCAAUAUGUCCCUCCUGAGCCGGGCUGAGAGGGAGGCAUGUGGAGAGCUGUUUCAGAACCUGAGGAAAGCAUCAGCAGCAGGGAAUAGCAAUGUCAAAGGAUCCAAAGGGGAUGUCAUUGUCCAUGGAAGUAAUGUGGAAGAGAUUAAAGAGACACAAGAUGCUGAGCCAGAGACUCUGUUUCCAGGACAGACCAGUGAGGCUGCCGGAAGAAGCAGUGAUACUGAAACCUUAAAUGGUAUAAUGCAGUUGUAUGGGGUUGAAACGGUCUCUCCUCAAUAAGAAACAUUACACAAACCCA